CCGUGUGAUCUGCCCCUGCUGCGGAUCAGUGCAGGACAUUCCCAGCGGCCUCUCUGCCGACUACCCCUGCCUGCCUCCCUGCCCCGGCCCCAGGAGCCCCCCCGGCCGCCCGUCAACAAUGAAAUCUGCCACAGAAGCCGUGGUUUUCCCACAAAUAAAAUGAACAGCAAACCAGGAUGGAAGGCAGGAGUCGUGUUCCUCGCUGCCAUGUUCUGCUUUGGCAUGUUCUGGUAUCUUCACGUGGAGACGUACACACCGCGCAGGUCCUAUGAGCACGCGAGAGAGAUGUGCGUGGCGGGCGAUGUGGCCUCCAAAGCCUCCGUACUGAUCAGCAAUUACUCCAGAGACCACCCCGUCUUCCUGCAGCUCAGCGACUACUUUUGGGUCAAAAACCAGUCAUUAUACGAGCUGCCGUACGGCACAAAGGGAAGCGAGGACUUGCUGAUGAAAUUCCUGGCGCUCACAAACUGUUACCGCGUGCCGCCCGAGAUCGAAAGGUUACGGUGUCGGAGGUGCGUUGUGGUUGGGAACGGGCAUCGUCUCAGAAACAGUUCUCUGGGUGAAACCAUCAAUAAAUACGACGUGGUGAUCAGGCUGAACAACGCGCCCGUUCAUAAAUACGAGAAGGAUGUCGGGAAUAAAACCACCAUGAGGUUCUUCUACCCGGAGUCUGCCGAUUUUGACCCCCAUCUAGACAAUAACCCGCAGUCUCUGAUGGUGCUCGUGCCGUUCAAGCCUCUGGACAUCCAAUGGAUGAAAAUAAUCCUGAAUAACGAGAAGAGGGUGCGGAAAGGUUUUUGGAAAAUGCCGCCGAUUAUUUGGGACGUAAAUCCGCAAAAUACCCGAAUCCUAAAUCCUUAUUACAUGGAGGUGACGGCGACGAACAUUCUGGGCUGCAACAGAAACCAAACCAAGAAAACGAAAGCGAAACCCACCACGGGAAUGUUAGCGAUCACCUUCGCUCUUCACUUCUGCGACCUGGUGCACAUCGCAGGCUUCGGGUACCCGGCUUCCAGCAACAAGAAGCAGCCGAUCCACUACUACGAGAAAGUGACCCUCAAAUCAAUGGCUGUUUCGGGACAUAAUAUCACCCUGGAAGCCAUGGCAAUAAAGAACCUUCUUCAUCACAGAAUCAUCCAGAACCUGACCUACUUCUGAGAGAUCCGGCUUCUUCCCUGUGCGACCCUCCGGGGCAGACGCAGCGCCGGACCCCUCGUUAUCUGGGACGGGUGGGAGAGAAAACUGCGAAGCGACAGAGACAUUUGGUGAUGCGUUGGAGGGGCCGGCUCCCGCGGAGAAGCGUAUCGCGCACGGGGUUAAACCCCAAAUCAAGGGGAGAGGAACGUCGGACGUCGGACGGACCACUAGAUGCCUUUUUCUGGACGUCACUUUUUUAAACUUUGUUUUAUAGAUUGCAUUUUUUUAAAGAGUCAGAAAAUCUAAUAUUUAUUGUAAAGCCUCGGAGCGGAGUUGGGGAUUUGAUUAGUAAAAUUCUAACCUCUGGGUUUCGGCGAUGGAACGCAGCGAUCCGCGUUGCUCUCGCGCCCUGGGUGGGGGGUUUCUGCCGACGGUGGGAAUGUUUCCCUGAGUAUCAGAGGGGCCGGACCCCUCUUGCCGAUGCCAUAUCCUUGUGAGGAACGAUUUAGCGGGUAGAGCCUGAUUAUCGGAGAUAGGCAGACCCUUAUAUAGAGAAAAAUGAUGGGAUUUGAUCAUUUUGCUGCUUCCUUUUGUUUGUUAUUGGUGUUAAUUUGUAAUUGGAGUUGAAAGCGACACAAACAUCCUGUAUUUGAAGACAAA